GGGCCAAAGCACAUACCCCUCACCAUCAUGCCGCUCACAUACUCAACCAUCCCGCUCAGAGUCAAUGGCGUGCGACUCGAAAUCUCCACCAUCCACAACAACAAGCUCGACUCCAACCCACCAAUCGUCUUCCUGCACGGCUUCGGCUCCUGUAAAGAAGACCUAGCCGACAUAAGCGUGCAUCCUUCGUUCCAGGAAUAUGCCUAUCUGGCCUUCGACGCUCCGGGAUGCGGACAUUCACAUACCGACGACCUCUCCGUCGUUGACAUCCCCUUCCUAGUCGCCACCGCGGAAGCGGUCCUCGCGCAUUUCGACAUUGAUCGGUUUCACCUCAUGGGCCAUUCCAUGGGCGGACUUACUGCCCUCUUACUGGCACAUCAGCACCCCGAUCGUGUGCUAAGCUUCGUCGACAUUAAAGGGAAUCUUGCCCCCGAGGACUGCUUCCUUAGUCGUCAGAUUUUCCAGUUCCCGGCUGAUGAUCCUGAGGCGUUUAUGGAUGCUUUCAUUGCUCGUACGGCGACGGCAGAGUCGUAUGCUAGUCCGUUGUAUGCGAGUACGCUGCGCGCGAGGGUCCGGUCGGGUGCUGUGAGGCCGAUCUUUGAGUCGAUGGUUAGGUUGUCAGAUGAGGAGGAUCUGAUGGGCAUGUUUUUGAGGCUGCCGUGCAGGAAGAUGUUUAUGUUCGGGGAGGAGAAUCAGGGGUUGUCGUAUUUGCCGAGGUUGGAAGGAGAGGGAGUGGACUUGGCGAUGAUCGUCGAGAGUGGGCAUUUUCCCAUGUAUUCGAAUCCGGUCGAGAUGUAUCGCAAGAUUGCUACUUUUUUGGGGAGUAGGGUAUGAGGUGUUGUUAGAUUGGUGUGGUAGAUUAUAUGUAGA